UUAUGCUUCAUUCGUUCGCUUUCGAGCUAAAUCCACUGUUUAAACUUUCGCAGUCGCACCGACUUUCGUUUUUGUUGUUUUCGGCCGUUCCUUCCUGUACUCCAGAGAAAAUGACUUCUACUACUACCCGCAACGUCACCGACUACACCAACGAACACCGCGAACGUCGCGAUGGCGAGAACAGUGGAUGGCGCUCGUGGUUCGGUCUGGACAACAAGAAGGACCAUGACGACCGUGAAUACAAGUACGAACGCACGAUGACCUACCGCAACGAGCCAGGUUACUCCACCGAAACCACCCCGGACUACACCUACAAGUACACCGAUCGUCGUUUCCCCGAACCAACCAAGCACUACAACUACGAGCGCCCAACUGGCACUCGCCCAUACGGACCGGAGCCUCGUCCCUAUGGACCGGAGCCUCGCCCGUACGGACCUGAGUACACUCGUCCAUAUGGCCCGGAGCCCCGCCCAUACGGCCCAGAGCCCCGUCCGUACAACUACGAAAUGACCAAGCCAUGCAACACCAUGUCCGAGUACACGCGCCCGUACAACACCGAGUCGACGUACUACACUCGCCCGUACUACACCAGCGAGUACACUCGCCCAUACAACACCGAGUACACUCGUCCGUACAACACUGAGUACACUCGCCCGUACAACACCGAGUAUACUCGCCCAUACAACACCGAGUACAACUAUACUCGUCCGUACAACACCGAGUACACUCGUCCGUACAACACUGAGUACACUCGCCCGUACAACACCGAGUAUACUCGCCCAUACAACACCGAGUACAACUAUACGCGCCCAUACAACACCGAGCGUGACAACUACUACACCCGUGACUACAACACCACCACCUACGGUUACGGACGUGAGUACCCGACCUACUACACCCGAUUCUAAGCCAACGGAUCCCCCGGAUUCCAGGAAAUCCGCCAACGGAAGCGGCUGUUAGUUAGUGUUGUAGUUUGGUUAGAUAAAAAUUCUGUAGUGUCUUAGUGCGGAUGUUUGACCUUUGUGCUUUUCUUCGGUAGUUUGGUUCUUUGUUUCGGCCGGUUGUCAUCUGUUUCGGUCUUUUUUUCGUUUAAGUUUUUAGCGGGAAAAUUGCGUUUUGAUCGUUGUGCGGAGACUAAAAAAUUGACAUCGUUUACUGUUAAUGUAAAAGCCGCAAUAAAGUUCGAAAAACCAAA